AUGUAAGACUUAAAUCGCAGUGAUGGAGACGAGAUAGUUUUUCACAUUACCAAAAAUGCUUAGCAAUACGAGCCCAACAUUACCUUGGAUAACUCACCCAAUGACAAACCUGUUCAAAAACCAAUUACAUUUGAAGAUAUUAAACUAGUAUCUUCUGUCUAGGUUUCUGGAGACGGGCAUUAUUAGUCUGUAAGAAUUAUAUGCCCAGGAUGUAAGAUGAAAGUGAAUUCAGUCAUUUCAAGAAGAAUUGGAUCGUAAACCUUUCUAGCUGGAGUCCUUCUAAUCUUUUGUUCUUUUGGAUUCAUCUGUGUUACUUGUAUACCAUGUUUGGUGGAUGAUUGUAAAGAUGUUUAACAUUCCUGUCCUAAUUGUAAAUAAUACUUAGGAAAGGCUAAGUUUAACAUACUUGAUUGA